CCCAACCAAUGCAUUAGAUGAAUGCAGGACAUAACGUCGAUCUAUUCUCAAAUGGAACUACAAGAGAUAUCAUGACCAGCUCUUCUCAUUACUCGUUAUAUUAAAACCUCUUCUCAUCGAAAAUAGAGAAAUCAUGAGCAAAGUUCUAUCUACCUUCUCACCAUGGAGUCGGCACAUACCAAAGACGGUUCCUCUAUGCCGCUGUUUCAGUGAGACAAUAUCACCAAGAAAGGGAAUACCGAGACUGGUAGCAGUAGCUGAGGAAUACACCACCACUGAAGCAUUUCGCUCACGAUCAUUUGAACUCGAGAAGCCAGUCGUCUUUGGUAAAGACCAGGGUUCGCCGGCUGCCAAUCUGCCUGCGUUGGAGAACUGGUUUAUAGACGAGGAAGACCCAUACUACACAACGCACACAACAACUCCACGGCAGCCUUUGUCGUGGCACUUCCGCCGCUUUCGCAAUCCCAUGGUCACUUAUGAGAUAUACGCUCCAUCUCAGAAGCAGAAGGACAGCCUUGUAAUGUUUCGAGAUUCUCUUGACAGAGAUAUCCACGAUGAUGCCAUUGCGAGGAGUUGGGACAACUGUUUCAACCAGGAGGCUAUGGUUGACGGUGUCCUCGACGAAACAGUCAACAAUAUAGCCAACAGGGAUUUCUAUCGAUUCACUGCACCUCUCCGUCUUUUCAAUAAGAUAUACCACUUCAAUAAAGUCUUGCUGAGCAUGGGGCUUCCGAGAAUAUCAGUCUACAUUGCUCAGUGCUCCAUAGGGGAUCUCCCCAAGACCCUCCAGGACGACCUUCCCACUCCAGAAAUCAUCAAGUUUGUUGGAAAGGGAGACAUAUACGACUCUAGCAUAUGGCUCGGCCUAGUGCCGACGUAUACACCUCUACACCGAGAUCCAAACCCCAACUUCUUCUGCCAGCUGUCCGGGAACAAGGUCCUCAGGCUCAUGCUACCAAAGUCGGGAGACGCACUCUUCGGCGAAAUACAAGCUAAAAUGGAAAAGACAGACAAUGGUCGGUUACGAACGGAGGAUAUGAUGCAGGGCGAGGAGCGGGAAAUGCUGCAUGAUGCUGUUUGGGGCGACGAUAAAACACCAGUAGGGCUUUUCGAGGUUGUGCUAGAGCCUGGCGACUCCAUGUUUAUCCCUGCACAUUAUUGGCAUUCUGUUAAGAGCGUGGGAUGGGAUGGAGAAGUGAACUGCUCGGUCAAUUGGUGGUUUCGAUGAAGCAACCACAGAUAUAGCCGUGUCGCAAAUUUCUUGUACAUUACCGAUGUUAUACUAUGUAAUAUCAGCCUUUACGAACAGGUCUACAGAUGACCCAAUUGACAUAUCCGCACGGCCAGAGGUGCAUCUCACUACCACUCCUGACCUCCCAUUUGCUCGUGUCUGCACCACAAGACCGCAACAAAGCCUCAACUUCUUCGGGUGUUCUUGUUCGCAGCGCUGAGAUAUAUCCAUCAAACAUGAGAACGAACGGUAGAAUAGGGAUCAAGCACGAGAAGAUAAGUGUUGCAGGUGAUCGCCACUUGAGCGCGAAGAACGGAGCACUGAAGAAUGCGCCAAUGCCCAAGAAGGUAACCGCCAACACGCUCGCAAAGGAACGAUCCUGUAGCUCAAAGAUAGCAAGACCCUCGCUCGUCUCGACAGUAUCUCGCAGAAUAUCCUUGGCCAAGUCGUCGUCAAAGUGAUGAAACGCCAGGUUGAAUAGUCUGAAAGGCUUCGUUCCAUCUUCCCUCUUGACAAGAUAUCCCGG